GGCAAUGGCGACUCGCAGCUUGCUUUCGGAUUCAGUGAUAAGUAAAAAGAACUUUUGAUGCCUGCAGCUUGCAUUUUUCCCGUGAUUUUCCUCCCGUUUGUCUACGUUUUCGUUAAAAGGAGGUAUCGUUGCACUCGAAGUAACUGAACCUCGACGACUCUUUGCCAGUUGACGACUAACUAACUAGCUCAAAAGCUAGGGCAGCCGGGGGGGGGGUACGCUCGACGAUGCUCAAGAAUUUUGCCAGUGUGUUUUUGAAAUUUUUUUUUUUAAUGUGCUCUAAUUGAGGAAGUGGACGUUUCCGUUCUCGUUUUAUCUGAUGAGGGUUGCAUCCAAAAGUUGAUCGUAAAAGCCAGCGGCGACCCUCUCACGUUGACUGGUGUCUAAGACCUGAUCACUGGGGGGGGGAGGAGGAGAGAGGGGUGAUCACCUCCUCUCCUGGAGUGGGUCACACAGCCUCGGUAUUCUCGGCUCCUCCGUCGCCCCGUCCCCUAGUGUCACCAUGCUGAAGACCCGGCAGUGUUUACUCGGGAUCCGAUCUCUCCUCGGGAUGGCGUCCAGAAUCUGGGGCUUCAUACUGUACAUGCUCAGGAAGCACCUGCGCACGAUCAUCCAGUACCAAACAGUGCGCUAUGACCUUCUACCUCUUUCACCCAUCUCCAGAAACAGACUCAAUGCGGUGAAGAGGAAAAUCCUGGUGCUUGACUUGGAUGAGACGCUCAUCCACUCACACCAUGACGGGGUCCUGAGACCCACAGUGCGGCCUGGCACCCCCCCAGACUUCAUUCUCAAAGUCGUUAUUGACAAGCACCCAGUCAGGUUCUUUGUACACAAAAGACCACACGUCGACUUCUUCUUGGAAGUGGUGAGUCAGUGGUACGAGCUGGUGGUGUUCACGGCCAGCAUGGAGAUCUAUGGUUCCUCCGUGGCCGACAGACUUGAUAACAACAGGGGCAUCUUAAAGCGCAGAUACUACCGGCAGCACUGCACGCUGGAUCUGGGCAGUUAUAUCAAAGAUUUGUCAGUGGUUCAUAGUGACCUCUCCAGUAUAGUCAUCCUGGACAACUCGCCCGGAGCGUACAGGAACCAUCCAGACAAUGCAAUACCUAUAAAAUCGUGGUUCAGUGACCCCAGCGACACUGCACUUCUAAACUUGUUGCCUAUGCUGGAUGCACUAAGGUUCACUGCAGAUGUCCGGUCCGUCCUCAGUAGAAAUCUUCACCAGCACCGGCUCUGGUGAUUGCUUCUGUGGGGCUUGUCUACUCCCCAGCCCUGUUUUUAAACAAUACCCUCCCUGUCGCUUACUGACCUUCCACCUUCUACUCAGUGUUGACAAUUUUCUCUCCACCCCCCCUUGGAGAACGGGACUGAGCACACAGGGGGGCCUAGAGACAAACACAAAGGAAGGACCUGUGGGAGAGUGGUAGCGCAAGCUGGAGACAAGUGGAGUAGCCAGCUUUUAAUUUUUUUCUUUCAAAAUGGAGUCUUAGCCUUAAAGUUCCCUGUUACCGUGUUUGCAGGAAUUGGGCGUAUCGCUCUGUGUGUGUGUGUGUGUGUGUGUGUGUGUGUGUGUGUGUGUGUGGGAGAGAGAGUGCUUGUUUUUCUGCUUGCUUUCUUCCCCCAGGAAAACAGAACUAUUAGCAUACAAGGAUGCAUCAUGACAGACUAUGAAGCCAUCCAUUCACUCCUGCCAUCUUUUUCUUUUUGAUUUCCUUUUGUCUGUAAGCACAUUGUACAGAGCACCUACAACACUUUCUUUUGUUUGUUUAAAUUCAGUUAAAUUUUGAAGGGCUUUAUUGGUGUCUUUCUUCCUCUUUAGUUGACUCCUUCUCCAGUUCAGUUCAGAGACGCUCUGUUGCUUUCACUGUCUGUCACCUGUUUCUUUCCGUUCCCCGUGGAGCCGAAAGAUUGAAGAUCCAUUCUCCCAGAUGCUCUUGCUGGAAUAAAAUGUUAUCGAGACAAGCUGGAACAGUGGCGGGGUAGUUGUGUUCUUGUCAGGGGCACGUUCUGUUAUGUUUUGAUGCUGAUUUUAUGUCAAGACAGGGGUAUCCAGUGGGUUCUGCUUGGUACACAAAGCUAUAUCCAGAAUGUAUGAAAUUUGAACAGGUCUUAGAUUGGUGUAUUUAAAAGUGUAUAAAAAUGUCAGUUGCUGUUUUCUAUGGAAUCUGUCUCAAUAUAGACCAAAGUGAAGGGAGAAAGAACAGAAAUAAGAAAAUAACAUGGUUGCGUAUGAAUAAUUGCCUUUAUUGCUGAGAGAAACUGAUUUGUUGUUGGGAAGACACCGUUUUAUUACAGUCUGUCAUCAAUAAGCUACGAUGCUUUACACUUGACUACAUAUUACUGAUGAGGUCUGGCUCAGUUUUUGUUUUUAUCUUUUUUCAUACAAAACAUGCACUUUCUUUGUUACCUUAAACUUGAAUUUUAGUUUUAAAAUAUUUUUGUUUUAAAAUAUCCUACACCCUUACCCCAAAUGUCCCAAUUCAGCAGUUUGUCAGGCUUCAACUGGCUUCAUAUCAGCAUCCGUGUAUGGGUCUGUGGUCCCAAUAAAUCCCCCAUUGCCCUCAUUGAACUCUCACAUCGUCUGCUUUUAUUCCAGCGGUCGGAAAAGAAAGUCUUUGCUCUUAAAAUGUUCAUUUUCACAGUCACAUGUACUAACAUUACAGUGAUUUUGCACUGGACUUCAUCAUCAGCUGUUUAUUCAGCAGUAAAGAGAACAAAUUAACAUAUGUUUGCUGGAGCAUUUCACACAAAUUUAAUUUGUUGUGCCCUUACCUUUUCUUUCGGUUGCUUAGAGAUGGCACUUUCUGUCCAAAAUGGGUAAUUUUAGUGAAUUGCUUCUGUUUUAUUAGCUGUGCUGGAGGUUAAGGGAGCACCCCUCCAAUCUGUGUAUGUAAAUGUCACUGCCUCCUUACAGUUCACUGUUUCCUAUUGUCUCUUUUAUAUAUAAAUAAGAAAACAGGUAUGUGAGACAUUCACAUUAAAGGCCUAGAAGCUGAUGAAAACGUGCUGUAAACUGUCUCAUUUCAUCAUCAUCAUCAUCGUUCAUUUUGUUCACCCUUCGCUCCAGUCCCUGUCCAUGGUGCUGACUGGUGCUGAUUUUACAGGGUCUACU